GGGAUGCAGGGAAUCUUGACGCCUCGCACCAUGACAUCCAUCGCUCCCAGUAAAGGGCUGAGCAACGAGCCGGGACAGAACAGCUGCUUCCUGAACAGCGCCCUGCAGGUUCUGUGGCACCUCGAUAUCUUUCGCCGCAGUUUCCGUCAGCUGACGACUCAUAAGUGCAUGGAGGACUCGUGCAUUUUCUGCGCUCUGAAGAGUAUCUUCGCUCAGUUUCAGUACAGCAGCGAGAAGGUUUUACCGUCCGACGCUCUGCGCACCGCGCUCGCCAAAACCUUCCAGGACGAGCAGAGGUUUCAGCUGGGCAUCAUGGACGACGCUGCAGAAUGCUUCGAAAACAUCCUGAUGAGGAUUCACUUCCACAUCGCAGACGAGACCAAAGAAGACAUCUGCACCGCCAGACACUGCAUCCCUCACCAGAAGUUCGCCAUGACGCUGUUCGAACAGUGUGUGUGCAGCAGCUGUGGAGCGUCCUCAGACCCCCUGCCCUUCAUUCAGAUGGUCCACUACAUCUCCACCACCUCUCUGUGUAACCAGGCAGUGAAGAUGCUGGAGUCGAGGGAGAAAGCGACUCCUGGCAUGUUUGGGGAGCUGCUGAGAAACGCCAGCAUGGGGGACCUGCGUAACUGUCCCAGUCAGUGUGGUCAGCAGCUCAGGAUGGCUCGUGUCCUCCUCAACAGUCCGGAGAUCAUCACCAUCGGUCUGGUCUGGGACUCGGACCACUCGGACCUGGCCGAGGACGUCAUUCACACUCUGGGAACCUGCCUGCGUCUGGGGGAUCUGUUUUACAGGGUGACGGAGGAGAAGGCCCGUCAGUCGGAGCUCUACCUGGUGGGCAUGGUGUGUUACUACGGGAAGCACUACUCCACCUUCUUCUUCCAGACGAAGAUCCGACGGUGGAUGUACUUUGACGACGCGCACGUCAAGGAGAUCGGUCCCAAGUGGAAGGACGUGGUUUCUCGCUGCAUCAAGGGCCACUACCAGCCGCUCCUGCUGCUGUACGCCGACCCCCGGGGGACGCCGGUGUCGGUGCAGGACCUGCCCUCGCGCUUCGACCUCCGCCACCUCAACAAGGCCUGUUACGACAGCGAAGACUCGGGCCGCGAGCAGUCAAUCUCCAGCGACACUCGCACCGACUCAUCGACGGAGAGCUACUCGUACCGACAGCCCUCCCACUCGCACCAUGAGUCCCUGGCCAGUCACCACUCCUCGGACUCCCAGGGAACCGUCAUCUGCACCGAGCACCCAGACGGACCCCUUCACGCCUCGCUCUGCAGCCUGGAUACCAUAGGCCACGUGACGGACACUGAGCAGCACCAGUCUCUGAGGAAGGGAGGCGGGGCCGGGGAUAGGAGGCGGAGCUCUAGCCGCCACCGGCGAUCUAAACCCGACAACGAAGCCUCGUCGGCCGGUUACCACAGUGAGGGAGAGACGUUAAAGGAGCAGCAGGUUCCUCGUCACCUCCCCAAGCCUUCGUCCUCUUUCACCUCCUCAACCAGUCGACUCCGAGACUUCAAAGAGACCAUGAGUAACAUCAUCCACAGCCGACCCCUCUCCUCCUCUUCCUCCUCCUCAUUGCCGGCUGCCGUCCUCUCUGAGAUCACCUCGUCCGCCAACAACCACCACCACCCUGCCAACACCACCGCUCCCUGCUCCUCCUCCUCUAAAGUCCAGGACUGGGAGGCCGACAGCACCAGCAGCGAGUCUAAGUCCAGCUGCUCGGGGGGGGCAGGGUCAGGGAGGUACCGGCCAGCAUGGAGGCCACGAAGGGAGGCCCUGAACAUUGACAGCAUCUUCAACCGCGAGAGGCGAAGGCAGGCGGGAUACAGCCCGCUCGGAGCCUCCCUGCACGACGACUGCGGGGCUCCGCCCCCCGAGGGAGCAGAUGCCUCCUUCCCAGCACAGGAGGAGCUCAAGUCUGUCAGGCCGGGCUCCUCCUGGACUCUGCCUACCACCUCCAGCAGCCACAGAGGAGGUGGAGUCGGACCGGGAGGUGCAGAGCUGCCUCCUCCUCCUCCACCUCCUCCCCGACUGAUCCAGAGGAUGGAGAGCGGAUACGAGAGCAGCGAGAGGAACAGCAGCAGCCCGGUCAGCCUGGACCUGAACCUGGGUGACAGAGAGUGCGUGGUGAAGAAGACUUCGUGUUCCUCCUCUUCCUCAGGACCGUCAUGGAGGAACAUCCGGUCGAAGAGCAGCGGAGCUUUGCUGCAGGAGCUCAGCUCGUCCAGCAGGGGGAGCCUCAGUAUGACACCGCCCCCCGCAGGCCGCAGCGAGCUGGACGAGCUGCAGGAGGAGGUGCAGAGGAGAGCGAGGGAGGAGGAGCAGCAGCGACGACAGGAGAAGGAGAGGGAGGCGGCACUCGGCUUCAACCCCAGACCCAGCAAGUACCUGGACCUGGACCAGCUGCAGAUCCAGGGUAAAGGUGACAGCUUUGAGAGGUGUGUGUCGGAGGCGGAGCUUCUGCUGGACCAGUCUGUGCGUCUGGAGCAGGCGGGCGAGGUCGCCGCCGCGCUGUCGGCGGUCAACGAAGCAGUCUCCAAACUGCAGCCGUUGGCGGCUGAGGGCGGAGCUAGUAGUCACAGCCGGCUGCAGCGCUGCAUGAGGAGAGCCCGCAGCCUGCAGCAACGCAUGCAACUGCAGCAGCAGCAGCAGCAGGACUCAGAGGCAGGCAGACAGCAACCGCAGCAACCAGAGCAACAACAGCAGGAGGGGCAGCAGUUCCAGGAACAGCCCAGUGAAAAGCCUCUCUCGCUCCAAAUACUUCUGACAGAGAAACAGGCCAACCAAUCAGCUGCCAGUCAGGACCAGCAGACCCCCCCCUGCCUUGUUAAGCCCCUCCCUUCCAAAACACACUCAGUGUCUGACCCCGCCUCCAGCGCCGGAGUUCCUGCAGGGUCACCCAGGGAGGACCGCAGGCCCGGGGGCCCCUGCUCUCGCUUUGGGAAACCCCUCACGAACACCAGGUCUCUCCCUGUCCUGUGCAUGGACACCUGGGAGCAGAGCCCCCCGGGAGAGUUGGCUCCACCCCCUCAACCAGGGACCAAAACGCCCCCACCCAGGCCAUAUUCCCGAACCCCGUCACCUGUUGGCACCAACGACAAGUGUCGUCUGAGGAUGGAGGAGGAGCAAUAUUAUCACAGACACCCACAGACCACACCCCCUGUGUCAAGACUGGCCCCACCCCCUGCCACCCACCCAGCCAGGAACUGGUCCUGCUUACGCCCGGACCAACCCGAUGUUGUCGAUUCUCCUGUUGACCCAGCAAUCAGCUCGCCACUUUACUCGCCCCCCGACUCCCCCUCCAAUGCGCCCCCCUCGCCCGUGAGCCGGCCAGUUCGGACCCCCUCCCCGCCCCCCAGCCAGGACUACAGGACGACCCUGCCUGUGGAGCGCUGGGCAGAAAACGUCAACAGAUACUACGGCUCCCAGAAUGCAACAGGAGGAGGGGGAGCGGCGGCGCUCGACGAGGAGCUGUCGGAGCUGGACUCUCUGUACCAGGCCAGCCUGCUGGCUCCCAGCAUGCACCGGGGCAGCCGUGGAGUCAGUCCUCUGCCAAGCAACAACAAACCAGGUGUGAGGAGAAUGAUGUCAGGAUCAGGACGGUCCAAAACACCGACGGCUGAGAUCGAGAGAUUCGCCUACAGAACGCCGGUCACACCUCUUCAUAAGCCACCGCCAGGCGAGGACGAGAGCUACAGCGCCGAGAACCUGCGACGCAUCGCCCGCAGCCUGAGUGGAACCGUCAUCGGGUCACGACCCCAAAACCUCGGCCCCUCCCACAGCUGCGACCCCUCUGUGUCCAGGCCCCCCCUCAGACACGCCAACUUUCACUCCUCCACCCUCCUCCGUCGCCCCAGCGCCUCCUCUCUGCACCUCCCUUCCUCCCCCUCCUUCACUACAGAUCACUCCUACCUCCACCACCUCCAACACCAACACCACCAGCCCCGACACCUCGGCCCCACAGCUCCCGCACCUCCUCUUCAGCACCCCCCCUUGCAGACGUCACGGCCCCCGAGCUCGGGCCUCUCCUCCUGGGGACACUCAGGACCUGGACCAGGUGCCCAGCAGCAGUUUCUGGUUGUGUCUGACAGGCAUCAAGCUCUCUCAGGUCAAAGCCUCCACAGCGUCGCGCUGAGUUACGGCACUCUGCCCCGGGCUCCUCGCCGCGGCCCGCCUCCCUCCUCCUCCUCUUCCUCCUCCCUCCCCAGGCCCAGAGCCGGCUCCUGUCCUGCCCCCCCGCCGGCUCCGCACGGUCUCUACGCCACCCUGGCCCACCCUCGUCGCUCUGCCAACGGCACCGUCGCUAACGGUCACUACCGGCAACCGUCGCUGCCCAGUAAGGUCAACGGGUCGACCCGCUACGCUCCACACCACCUGCGGGCGUCAGGGGAGGCCCCCCAGCCGCUCCGCCUAGACGUGCCCCCUGAGAGCGACUGGAGACGCGACGCCGACUACAAGACUGUCCAGCCCAGCUCCUCCUGGGACCCCCGCACCGCUCGCCACCACCAGCCCCUCCAGAGGACCAGCUCCUACCAGCCGCCCCCGGCCCGGCCCCGCAGGGACCCCCAGCUCUGCUCACUGUGCCAGCAGCUUCCCGCUGAGCCGUCACGCCCCUACUGCCCGUCCUGCGGCGCUUACGUGGCUCGCUUCCGCCCGGCCAGCUGAUUGGCUGGAGGCGGACGCCACAGCGGACGUGUCGCAUCAUCAUUCUGGAUCAGAUGUUCACGGCGAGGGUCCGGUCAGACCUCCUUAAAAUGUGCCAACACGUCUUCAAAUUCACCACAACAACCGACCAACCUGUAGAUGAAACCACGCCCCCUUCCUGUCAUGACAGCCUCGGCGGGGGCGUUCCCUCCGCCGCUGUCACGGCAACAAAUUGAACUGCCUGCAGUCCACACAGCUAGGACAUAGCAUAUUAGCUAAUUAUUGUCUCUUAACAGAAAGUUCAUCAAAUUCAGGCCCGUCAGGCCCGUGUUAUAUUUGGCGGGUUUCCAUGGGAACGGCGCUUUGAGGCUUUUGUCACACGGAUGUGGGCGUGGUUUCCUGUAUAGUGUGUCGGCUGCGCAGGUGGAGUCGUCGCUCUGAAAUGCAGCUCUUCGAUUGGCCUUGUGGUCUGCGUCAUGUGUUUUCCCGCCCGUCUCGCCUGCUCCCCCUCGCUCCGGACGCCACCACGAGGCCACAACACCGCCGAUCACACGGACGGAUCUCCUGCAAACCGUCUGUGAUCGUCUGCCGGAUUUAAGCACAUUUGGAUUUCCAACGGAGAGAAAUCACCGUGACGCCGAGCGGCGGCGGGACGACGGACCCGCUGCCCGUUAAACUCUGAGAGGAAACUGACUCAUCGAUAACCGACACAGCAGCAGGACGCUCGUCGUCCACCAGGUGUCAGAGUAUCGAUCACCAGGUUUGAGGCUGCUGCUGCUUCGACGGCGUCAGAGAACAAAGAGAGUCUGGACCGAACGUUCGAACACGUCACAUCAUCUAAAGCAGCGAGGAGGAAAACGUUCAGGACUUCAGUCUGAGUCACAAACUGUUGAGAUCAUCUGACUGAAAGUUUCACUGCAGACAGACGAAGAUUAACGGCGCCAGUUUCUUCUUCUGUGAUUCGUUUGGUGACGAGCUGCAGUUCACGUCCUCAUUAACUCACACUCACUUCCUCCCCUGUGGUUCAAAACGUGCCGACUUUUAUUCUGAAAGGUUCCAAACAUGUUCUGUGGCUCAGUGACUUUGAUGAAGACUACGAUGAAUUCACCGGAACAGAUAACGUGUCUGAAUGUUUCCGUCAUCACUGACUAAUCCAGUCGUUUGUGUUCUCAGGAGAUUUUCUCUGAAGCAACAGUCAAAAACACGAAGCUUCAGUUUCUGUCGGAGAAACUAAUUACUGAUGAAGAUAAUUAGCCGCUGAUCGAUUGUUAGAGUCGAUCCGCCGCCUGACACCAGGUGGAGGAGAAGCAGCCAGAUACAGGUAGAGAUACUUCAGGUGAUGACGAACCUGAAUCUAAACAGGAAGUGACGUGACAGGAAGUGGAAAAGCAGCUUUUCUGCUGUUUGAAUAUGAAUCUCUUCUUCUUACUCUAUUUAUUUUUGUAGGCUUGUCAGACUGAGUCGUGCAUAGAUUAACUGAACUACCACCUGCUAACCUGAAUAUACUCUCCUAUAGACCCGAUCUAAUUUUCUAAAGGUAGCUAGUCGCCUCGUUUGGGACGCGGAGCCUCUUAUAUUGUACACGAGGCUGAUUUCUGUCUUUUCGGAGCGCGUUAGAUUAAUAACUAAAGCUUUUAUUUGAACAGAGUUGCAGCUAAUAUUUAGCAUGAUGUUUUCAGACGUAUUCUAGCCUCGAGAGAAUCGCUCGACUUUGCUGUUCGUUUCUCGUAAUGAUGACAUAUGCAGACUUCUUUCUCGUGCUCGUCGCUGGUUUCUUUUGGCGUCGCUCUCAUCGUUCAGGGAGGAGCAUCUCGUUGCGUUCAGGAGCUCAGACCUUCGAUCGGUUUCAGCAGCUCGCAGCCUGAAUGCUGUCUGAUAGCAGACUGAAGGACUCAGAGUCCGUCUGUCCUACUGCCAAGAACCCAGUGGCUCUGUGCUGAAGUGCUGACCCCGCCCACCUGGUGCUCCAGGUGAGGUAAACCAACAAACCCAGGUCUGGUCUGACUCAAACGUUUGUUCUGAAUCCUCUCUCCUCAUCAUUCAAAGAGCUGAGUGUGGAUUGAUCAUUUCGUCCUGAUUGACUGAUUCUCAGCUGUCGCCUCAAAACGUCUCACCUGUUCAGUCCUUUCACAAUAAAAUCCAGACUUCAUUGAGCGCUGAAGUGUGUUUGCUUCCUGCAGAGUUCAGACCAGACCUGAGUUCAGACCAGACCUGAGUUCAGACCAGAUCUGAGUUCAGACCAGACCUGAGUUCAGACCAGACCUGAGUUCAGACCAGAUCUGAGUUCAGACCAGACCUGAGUUCAGACCAGACCUGAGUUCAGACCCCGAUGCAACAGAAAGUGUCAAUAAUUCAGAUGAAGAGAGGUUAUUUUUUCACCAUGUCAAACUUCUUUUGGCUUUUUGCUUUGCCAGAUUUUAUUUUGUUGAUUUUGGUAUAUUUUUGAUGCUUAUUUUUCUACACUGUAGACUUAACAGAGACGAUAAGAUGAUUAAAAUGUUUAA